AUGUAUGACACUUGCGUCAAAAAGGACAACUGGUGUUUUAAUGUGACCGGAAUGACGGUGUAUUCAACUCAUAACAUUAUUCAUGGUUGUGCUCCAAACUACAUCAAACAGUACUGUGAUGUAAGUAAAAUUGUUUUUCUUUUGUGAGCUAUAUGCCUAAGCGUGUCUCAUUGAUAAUUUUUUGCUCAUAGCUUUUUUCUUUCUGCACGGAAAAUCUCGAUUUUUUGUAGAAACAUUUUAAUUUUCUGCGCAUGAAUCGACCGACCCUAAAAUUUAUAAACCCAACACUGCAAAAAAAGCAUUAAGCAAUUUUGACUUCCCAUCAAUCUCAGAAAUUUCUGAAGGUUUGUCUGUCGCAAAAAUAAUGAGCAGAAUGCCGCUGCGCCGAUCGCGUCGCUGAAGCGAAAAGCAAUUUGAUUUUGACUCGACACAAUUCAUUUUUCAGCGGCGAUGCGAUUUCGGGGGCGACAUCAUUAUUUUCUCGACAGAUAGAUAGUGGAAACUAGUAGCCUCCUUGAAAAGUUUUUGCUCUAUAUUUUAUUGUUAGUCAAUUUUCAUUAACCUUUGCUCUACGUCCUAUGUAGACAGACUUUCUCGACGAAUUUUUGCGAGGUGUACCAAAGUUUAAGCCUAACGUAUUUUACUUAUUUUACGAUGUAGCCCGUCUUCAAUGUUCUCGAAUUGAUGUUUUGACGUUUGUACUGUGCAGAAAAAGCCAUGGUACGAGCGACAGCCAAAAAAAGCCUUUUGCACGGUGCAAAAAGCAAAAAAUUGCACAAUGCAAACAGAACUCGCUUUUUCACGUUCCGCAUUUUGUCGAAAUCGCUCCAGCGACUCUCCGCACGGCCUAGUAUAACACAAAUUAACUUUUUUUUUCAGAAAUAUCGUCCAUUCUCCAACACUGACACCUCAACUUUUUGCAUUCGGUUUGAGGAAGUGGAUCUCAACGGCCGACUCUGUUGCUGCAACGACGUUGAUUUCUGUAACGCCAAUAUUUAA